UCGGCACAUCUCCUCACAUCGCUACUAACUACACUUUAUUCAUCCUUCGUGUCAGGAUAAACUCCACUCGUCUCACUCAACUUUGGAGAUUAUUAGGCCCGUUUAGCUUGCUAGUUGUUUUAGCGCGCUAGUUAGCUCAGCAUGCUAGUUAGCUUAGCUUGUUAGCUGCUAACAAAGAGACGCGGAUUCGGUCAACACAUCGCUUAGUUAAGAUCAAGUGUGAGUGUAAAGUGUUGUGAUUGUGUGAAAAUGUGCGAAAGAACGAUAGCAGAGUACAAAGAGGAACUUUCUCGAACAAAAGAAGAGAACAAAAGACUACGUCAACUACUGGAGGCUGUUUUCAAGAAACCUCAAGUUGUGUUACACAGAACAGACGUCUGUGAAAAAUAUCGUCCACCUGAGCAGCAGGAGGGGUCCUCCAGUAUGGAGCAGAAGAGGUCACAGCACCUCCACGUGAAAGAAGAGGAGCCACAACCCCCCCACUUUAAAGAUGAAGAGGAAGAGUCACAGACUCCUCACAUUGAGAAUAUACAGUCCCUUCACGUAAAAGAGGAACCGGAGGAUCCGCAGCCCUCCUACGUCAAAGAGGAAGAAAAACAGCGGCUGUCCCCCCACUUCAUAGAGGAAGACAAGAGACACCUCAUCAGUGUGAAGAGUGAAGAUGAUGAGGUCAAAGGUGAAAGUGAGGAGAAGAGAGAGGCGGAGCCUCCAAGCAGCAGCUCAACUCAACACAUGACAACAGAAGCUGAUGGAGACCACUGUGGAGGAUCACAAGCAGACAAGCUCUUAGCUCCACUAUCAGAUAGUGAGGACACAACGUCACACUCUCCUGACACUGAUGAUGAACACUCUAAAGAUGAUAAGACAUGUCACACUGACAACACACACUUCACAUGUUCUCACUGUGACAAAACUUUUAAAUACUCUUGUAAUUUGAAAAGACACAUGAGAACACACACUGGAGAAAAACCUUUUUCAUAUUCAAUCUGCGGUAAAGAUUUUACUCAAAGGGACCAUUCCAAAGUACACAUAAGAAGACACACUGGAGAAAAACCUUUUUCCUGCUCAGAAUGUGGAAAAAGUUUUGUAAAAAAUACAAUUUUAAAAGAACACAUGAGAAUACACACUGGAGAAAAAACUUUUUACUGCUCAGAAUGUGGUAAAAGUUUUGUAACAAAUACAAAUUUAAAAGUACACAUGAGAAUACACACUGAUGAAAAACCUUUUUCAUGUUCAAUCUGCGGUAAAGAUUUUACUCGAAACCACCAUUUCAAAGCACACAUGAGAACACACACUGGAGAAAAACCUUUUUCAUGUUCAAUCUGCGGUAAAGACUUUACUAAGAUGGGCAAUUUCAAAGUACACAUGAGAACACACACUGGAGAAAAAACUUUUUCAUGUUCAACAUGUGGGAAGAAUUUUUCUCGAUCGGACCAUUUCAAUGCACACAUGAGAAUACACACAGGAGAAAAACCUUUUUUAUGUUCAAUCUGCGGUAAAGACUUUACUCGAAGGAACAAUUUCAAAGCACACAUGAGAAUACACACUGGAGAAAAAACUUUUUCCUGCUCAGAAUGUGGUAAAAGUUUUGUAACAAAUGCAAAUUUAAAAUUACACAUGAGAACACACACUGGAGAAAAACCUUUUUCAUGUUCAACAUGCGGGAAGGAUUUUUCUCGAUCGGACCAUUUCAAUGCACACAUGAGAAUACACACAGGAGAAAAACCUUUUUCAUGUUCAAUCUGCGGUAAAGAUUUUACUCAAGGGUCCAAUUUCAAAGCACACAUGAGAAAACACUCUGGUGAAAAACCAUACUCCUGUUCAAGCUGCAACAAAAGCUUUCGCGUCCAACAAUCUUGUACAGCACACAUGAGAACACACACAGGAGAGAAAGUGUUGAGUUGCAGUGUGUGUGGUGAAAGAUUAUCUUCUAGGUACCAGUGUAAGAAACACAAGUGUGCUGGUGAGAACAGCAGCAGCAAAUGAAGAUGCAGGAUUUGAAAUAAACUGUCAAAACUUUAACUUUGAUUUUCUAACAACAUCAGCACAUAUAACAUGUGUGACAUCAUUGUUGUGUGUGUAACACAAUCUUGUUAAUAUGAUUCUAACAUUUAUAGAUUAGACACUUCAGAUUAGUGCUUUUAUUUCAGUCAAGUACAUGAGUUAAUAUACACAUUUGUGUACUUUAAAAUGAACAGAACAAUUUGACUGAAAAGGUGAGAAUAAACACUACAUAAAAUAUGUUACAAGCAAUAAACAUUUUAUGUGUAGAUAUUCACAAUUCACUUGUAUACGUAUUUAUUAUAGUGUUUUAUAUAUGUUUUUUGAAAUAAUGAAGUGUUACAUAUUUUAUUUUCUAAUUCUAGAUGAUUCCAUAGAUGAACUCCUUUAUAUGAUAUACAUAUUUGUUUUGCAUGUGUUCAUACCUUUGCUUUUGAGUACACAUAAAUCCCUCUUAGUUCAUAUUUACUGGUUCACAUCUGAAACAUCUUCUGGACCACUUCUGGAAGCAUAUUAUUAUUGACUUUAUACAUCAUUUGAGCAGUUGUCUUUUAUACAAGAUCAUUUACUUUUAAAAUGUGUGACUUUAUGAAUCAUUUGUUGGGUCUCUAUAAUCCAUUCUGUUAAUUAUCUUUAUUACUCUCUUUUGUAAUAUGAAUAUUGUUGUGUGAUUGUUUUAUAUGUAUGUCCCCAGACCUUUAUGCAAUAAACAAUGUAUGCUUCAA